AUACAGGUAAAGUUGCAACAGAUAUUAAAUACUCUCAUAUCUCUCUCACCAAUUUCCAUUAUUUCUUUAUACUCACAUUCAAAGCUAAUUGCAUUUCAUCCUCCAAAUUCCAACCUAUAUUUCUCUCUCUAUCUUUGUAUCAUUCUCCUUUAAUGUAAAUUACCAUUUCUCAGCUCGAUCCGAUCCGAUCCCUUUUUCACAAACAGACAAAAAAAUGGAAGGGGUAUCAACCCGGGUAUACAGAGGAUUAAAGGGUUACUGGAGAAGAAGAGGUUAUCAGAAGUUGAAUCGGAACAACCGGGUCGACUUAUCAACAGAAGGUUCGACCCGAAAACGAAAGUUCUGGAAGAUAAAGUUAACCCCCAAAUUGAAGCUGAAAAUCAAUUUUAAACGAUUCUCACUGAAGAAGCUACUUAUUGGGCUGCGUGAUGCUUAUGUGAAUGCGAUGCUGAGGAUUGCGAAUACUCGGGGAUUCGGCGGCGAUUACGGCGGCGGAAUCGACGGAUUUGGGAUGCGGCGGGUUAAAGAGUACGAUGAGAAAGUGCUGGUGGAGAUCUAUAAGUCUAUAAUAAUUUCUCAGGGAAAAUUAGGUCCUCGUGAUGGUGCUGCUGCUACUGCUAAAAUUGGACCUGAGAUUAAUGUAAACGGUAAUUAAUUAAUCAUGAGAUUUAAUACUAGUAAUUAACAUUCA